GCCACCCAGGCGCCCCUAAAUAUUUCUAUGUUUAUAUAUUUAGAUGCUUGUCUAACAUUCUUUGGCUCAAUGUCUUCAUGAUGGGUAUAUGUAGAAACAGGUAAAUUGCCAAGACACCAAUCAGGAAAGAGUUCUAAGAAGAGUUUACAAUUGAGAAAUGUUGCUGAAGGUAACAGGAGGUAGGAUCCUCAAGUGUGAAUGCUUUACUUAUGAAUUGCUUGAAUCAAAAUAUUCACACUUAGCUGGAUGUCUCUACACUUGUUUUGUUUAUUCAGCACUCUCUUCUUUUUCAAGAGGUGUCCCAUCUUCAUGGAACCACAGAAUCUAACUGGUGUCUCAGAAUUCUUCCUCAUGGGACUCUCAGAUGACCUGGAACUACAGCCCCUUCUCUUUGGGCUGUUCCUGUCCAUGUACCUGGUCACUGUGCUGGGGAACCUGCUCAUCAUCCUGGCUGUCAGCUCUGACCCCCACCUCUACACACCCAUGUACUUCUUCCUUUCCAACCUGUCCUUGGCUGACAUUGGUUUCAGUACCACUACGAUCCCCAAGAUGCUGUUGAACAUUCAAACACACAGUAGAUCUAUCACCUAUGCAGACUGCCUAACUCAGGUGUCCUUUUUUUUCCUAUUUGGAUGUUUGGACAAUCUACUCCUGGCUGUGAUGGCAUAUGACCGGUUUGUGGCCAUUUGUCACCCCCUGCACUACCCAGUCAUCAUGAACCCAUGCCUCUGUGGCUUUUUGGUCCUCGUGUCAUUUUUCAGCAGCCUUUUGGACUCUCAGAUUCACUGUUUGAUGGUGUCACAACUUACCUUCUGCACAAGUGUGGAAAUUCAUCAUUUCUUUUGUGAUGCACCUCAACUUCUCCACCUUGCCUGUUCUGAUACCUCCAUCAAUACCAUACUAAUAUAUUUCAUGGGGGCCAUUUUUGGUGGCAUUCCACUCUCAGGGAUCCUUUGCUCUUAUACUCGAAUUGUUUCCUCCAUUCUGAGAGUCCCAUCAACAGGCGGGAAGUACAAAGCUUUUUCUACCUGUGGCUCUCACCUAUCAGUUGUUUGCUUGUUUUACGGAACAGGUCUUGGGGUAUACCUCAGUUCAUCUGUCUCCCCCUACCCUAGGAAGGGUGCAGUGGCCUCGGUGAUGUACACUGUGGUCACCCCAAUGCUGAACCCCUUCAUCUACAGCCUGAGAAACAAGGAUAUCAAGAGAGCACUGUGGGGGAUUAUCAGCAGGACAGACUAAUCUCAGCAUGUGUCUUAUCCUUUUCGGUUCAUUGCACUGCAAAAUGCAGCAAAUCAAACAUGCACAAGACAUUCUGGAUGUGCAGUCACAUGGUAUAGGUACCUGUAUGGAUCUCUGGUUUUUGCUUACACAAUUUUUCCUCUUCGCAUAGCUCUAAUGGAACUGGGAGAUUAUUUUGGGCUCCCCAUUUAAAUGAUAACCUCUGCAGGAUUAUGUAUAUAUCCAUAUAUCCCUCUCACUUUCCUUUUGCAUUACCCAGGACUCUUGGUCAUGAGCAGUCUUGUUUCUAUCAAUGCAAAAUAAUCAUAACUCUGUCUUGUUAUUUAUUGUUUCUAUACUUUUCCUGAGAUUCCUCCCACCCACCCCAUCCA